UACGUAUCCGGGUUUUUGGUUCUCCAUACAUGGUUGAGUCUGUGUAUGCGGAGCUAAAAUUGAAGGAUAUUCUCUCGUUUCUCACCCAAUGUGGUAAGGAGCUAUAGUCAGAAGGGUUCAUCGUUCUUCCUGGAGUGAAUGAAUCCCUUCUGUAUUCACCUUAAAUAGGGUUUGGCAGAUUGUUUGGCAUCCUCUGGGGGGUACCGAAUUUACUUCUGCUCGUAGUCGUUCUGCAUUCUUCCGGGAGUGCAGAAUGGUGUCGCUUUUGUAAGAUCUCUAAAUCCUCUCGGGGGUUGGAGGUUUUAUUAACAGCAGACUGUUCGGGACCUCGUAGAGGUUCAGAAUUUCCUUCUGCUUCCACUAAAUGUGAUCCUCAGCAGAUUGUUCAGCAUCCCUUAUGGGUGCAGAAUUUACUUCUGCUUUUAUGUGUUUUUGUGUCGUCAAUUUUUCCCAUCCUCCUAGUCCAACCCUUACCAUUUCCUUUCAAUCCUUCCCUCUUAUAUAUCGGGAAAAUGAUGUUAAAAACAAAUUGAUGGCAAGGCACAAAUCUCCAAAUAUCAAGGGGAACGUGCCAUUUGAGCCAAUUUGUUCUGAUUCCUGAUUCCACAUCGGAUAACUUUGGACGAACUGCUUUACAUUUUGCUGCAAUCUCUGAUAAUUACGAGAUUGUAAACAUUCUUAUUGAACGCGGUGCAUCGGUAAUGGCAAAGAAUACAAAUGGUAAAAUCCCUCUUUAUAUCGCCAUUGAAAAGAACGCUAAGAAGGUUAUCGAAAUAUUGCUAAAACAUGAACAAGCAACAGAAAUGUUGCUCACUUCGGAUAAAUAUGAACAAACUGCUUUACAUUUUGCCGCAAUCUCUGAUAAUUACGAGAUUGUGAACAUUCUUAUUGAACACGGUGCAUCCGUAAUGGCAAAGAAUACAAAUGGUAAAAUCCCUCUUUAUAUCGCCAUUGAAAAGAACGCUAAGAAGGUUAUCGAAAUAUUGCUAAAACAUGAACAAGCAACAGAAAUGUUGCUCACUUCGGAUAAAUAUGAACAAACUGCUUUACAUUUGGCCGCCAUCUCUGAUAAUUAUGAGCUCGUGAACAUUCUUAUUGAACGCGGUUUAUCGGUAAUGGCAAAGGAUAUAGAUGGUGAAAUUCCUUUUCAUACCGCAAUUCAAAAGAAUGCUAAGAAGGUUAUCGAAAUAUUGCUAAAACAUGAACAAGCAACAGAAAUGUUGCUCACUUCGGAUAACUUUGGACAAACUGCUUUACAUUUGGCCGCAAUCUCUGAUAAUUACGAGAUUGUGAACAUUCUUAUUGAUCGCGGUUUAUCGGUAAUGGCAAAGAAUAUAAAUGGUAGAAUCCCUCUUCAUAUCGCCAUUGAAAAGAACGCUAAGAAGGUUAUCGAAAUAUUGCUAAAACAUGAACUAGCAACAGAAAUGUUGCUCACUUCGGAUAAAUUUGAACUAACUACAUUACAUAUAGCCGCAUUUUUUGAUAAAUACGAGCUCGUGAAAAUUCUGAUUGAACGCGGUUCAUCGGUAAUGGCAAAGGAUAUAAAUGGUAGAAUCCCUCUUCAUAUCGCCAUUGAAAAGAACGCUAAGAAGAUUAUCGAAAUAUUGCUAAAACAUGAACUAGCAACAGAAAUGUUGCUCACUUCGGAUAAAUAUGAACAAACUGCUUUACAUUUGGCCACAUUCUAUGAUAAUUACGAGAUUGUGAACAUUCUUAUUGAACACGGUGCACCGGUAAUGGCAAAGAAUACAAAUGGUAAAAUCCCUCUUCAUAUCGCCAUUGAAAAGAACGCUAAGAAGGUUAUCGAAAUAUUGCUAAAACAUGAACAAGCAACAGAAAUGUUGCUCACUUCGGAUAAAUAUGAACAAACUGCUUUACAUUUGGCCGCCAUCUCUGAUAAUUAUGAGCUCGUGAACAUUCUUAUUGAACGCGGUUUAUCGGUAAUGGCAAAGGAUAUAGAUGGUGAAAUUCCUUUUCAUACCGCAAUUCAAAAGAAUGCUAAGAAGGUUAUCGAAAUAUUGCUAAAACAUGAACAAGCAACAGAAAUGUUGCUCACUUCGGAUAACUUUGGACAAACUGCUUUACAUUUGGCCGCAAUCUCUGAUAAUUACGAGAUUGUGAACAUUCUUAUUGAUCGCGGUUUAUCGGUAAUGGCAAAGAAUAUAAAUGGUAGAAUCCCUCUUCAUAUCGCCAUUGAAAAGAACGCUAAGAAGGUUAUCGAAAUAUUGCUAAAACAUGAACUAGCAACAGAAAUGUUGCUCACUUCGGAUAAAUUUGAACUAACUACUUUACAUAUAGCCGCAUUUUUUGAUAAAUACGAGCUCGUGAAAAUUCUGAUUGAACGCGGUUCAUCGGUAAUGGCAAAGGAUAUAAAUGGUAGAAUCCCUCUUCAUAUCGCCAUUGAAAAGAACGCUAAGAAGAUUAUCGAAAUAUUGCUAAAACAUGAACUAGCAACAGAAAUGUUGCUCACUUCGGAUAAAUAUGAACAAACUGCUUUACAUUUGGCCACAUUCUAUGAUAAUUACGAGAUUGUGAACAUUCUUAUUGAUCGCGGUUUAUCGGUAAUGGCAAAGAAUAUAAAUGGUAGAAUCCCUCUUCAUAUCGCAAUUGAAAAGAACGCUAAGAAGGUUAUCGAAAUAUUGCUAAAACAUGAACUAGCAACAGAAAUGUUGCUCACUUCGGAUAAAUAUGAACAAACUGCUUUACAUUUGGCCGCAAUCUCUGAUAAUUACGAAAUUGUGAACAUUCUUAUUGAUCGCGGUUUAUCGCCGCAUUUUUUGAUAAAUACGAGCUCGUGA